UUUGUCUUUGGGUAAAUGCUAAAUAGGUUAAACAUAAAAGCUCAAGAGAUUAGAGAAGUAUGUGUUCGUUCGGCGACGAAUGUUGGAUUGAAGUUUUUAAUUUUGUGGAGUAGAUUAGUAGUCAUUUUAUCGCUGUUAAUUAUCUUUAUAAGAUUAAGUGUUUUGGUCGUAUUUAAUCGAAAAGGUUUAAGGCACAGGACUGUCUUGACCUGGGAGUGGAACCAGCAACCUUCGCGAAGGAUAUCAAGGCUAUUGGUAGGGAUGUCGAUAACGAUCCUUGGUAGUCGGUCCUUCUCGGCUCUCUCGACGUCCAUUCUCGGCCGGACGCUAAACCCAUUUUCUUCCGCUUACGUUCGACACUUCGCUGACAAAAAACCAAAGAGAAAAAUGGUCAGGCCAGUGAAAUUAACUGGUGAGGACAGAGAGAAUAAGCUGCAGACGCUCCAAAACAACGGAUGGACCCUCCACGAAAGUCGAGAUGCUAUUUGUAAAACCUUUAAAUUUAAAAAUUUUGUUGAGGCGUUUGACUUCAUGAAAGCUGUCGCUGGUCCUGCUGAAGAAAUGGAUCACCAUCCAGAAUGGUUUAAUGUCUACAACAGAGUUGAUAUAACUUUGAGCACUCACGAUUGCAAUGGACUUAGUGAAAACGAUGUUAAAUUAGCAUCAGUAAUUGAUUCAUUGAACAAAAAAUAAAUAUCUGUAUAGAUUUAAAAUAUAUUUGGACCAUAUGACAAUAAUGUAAUACAAAUAUAUUAUCCAGUAGGUUUUGUUUUCUUGUCCUCAUUUCAGAAUUUAAUAAUGGAACUUUUCUCUUAUAUUACAUGCAUAUUUUGUUAUGUCCUUUGUUUUAAAUAUAGUGGGUAAAAAAAUUA